CCAUGCCCUUACUAACCCUAAAUCAUUGGCUUAAAAGACUUCAAUUGAAUCCUCUUUAUUAUCUUCAACUCCACUACUUGCCAUCUCCUUCUUCCUCAUAGCUUUCCUUAGAAAUGGAAGGAAUUCAAAUCAUUUCCACAUGUUUAGUUGGAGCAACAUCAAAUGAAUCAUUUUCAUACAAAAACACCCCUAAGGUUUCUGAAAUUGAAAUGACACCAUGGGAUUUACAAUUCCUCCUUCUUGACACAAUCCAAAAGGGUCUCCUUUUCCAUAAACCAAAAGAAGAUGAAAAUAACAUUCCCAAAUCAUCAUUCAUUGACAACUUAAAAAAAUCCCUUUGUCACACCUUACAUUUCUUUCCUCCCUUAACUGGCCGUCUUUCGACCGUUAAAAAUUCGGACGACGAUACAGUUUCUUUCUUUAUAAACUGUAAUCAUGCUGGCGUGGAAUUCACCCACGCCAGCACUCCAAAAUUAACUAUCUCUACGAUUCUUAAUUCUACACAUAUACCAACCAUUGUUUACCAUCUUUUUCCACUUAACAAUAUUCGAAAUUUCGAAUGUGUUACUACGCCUUUAUUUGGGGUUCAAAUAACCGAGCUUGUUGAUGGUUAUUUUAUUGGAUGUAGUAUGAAUCAUAGCUUAGGAGAUGGGACAUGUUUAUGGCAUUUCUUCAAUUCUUGGUCUGAAAUAUCUCGCGGGCAUACUAUCAUUUCCAAAAUUCCAAUUUUAGAACGUUAUUUUCCCGAAAAAAUGAAUCCUCCAAUUCGUCUUCCCCUAAAUCUAGAAGAUGAGAAAUUGUUCGAAAAAUUCCAAGUUCCAACAUUGGUGGAGAGGAUGUUUCAUCUUAGUAAAGAAAGUAUAGGUAGACUCAAGGGUAAGGCCAAUAAUGAAAUGGGUAUUAACUCGAUUUCUUCUCUCCAAGCUUACUUGGCUCAUAUAUGGCGAUGUGUUACUCGUUGUCGCAAGCUUCAUGUUGGGAAAGAAGUUGCCAUUACCAUUCCUAUAGGCGCAAGAUCAAGACUAAAUCCUCCUCUUCCAGAAGGAUAUUUUGGAAAUGCAAUUGAUACCAAGCAAGUAAAGACAAGUGUAGGGGAACUACUAGAAAAUGGACUAGGAUGGGCUGCAAUGCAAAUAAACAAGAUAAUUGUUUCACAAAACUCUCAAGAAGUGGUGAAAAUGUAUAAAGGGUGGGUUGAAAAUCCAGUUAUAUUCAAUGUUGGCUCAUUAUAUGGGGGGAAAAGUAAAUUACUCAUAAGUAGUUCUCCAAGGUAUAAUAUUUAUGGUAGUGAUUUUGGUUGGGGAAAACCAAUUGGUGUGAGGAGUGGAAUGGCAAAUAAAAAUGAUGGGAAAAUUACUUUAUUUCCUGGUGAAAAAGAAGGAAGUGUAGAUAUUGAAGUUUGCCUUUUGCAAGAGACUUUGCAAGCAUUGGAGAAUGAUCAAGAAUUCAUGGAAGCUAUAACAAAUUAAGACCUUAGAUUUCUUCAGUAUUUCCUCUGUAUUAAUUUAUGUGAUAGUCUUUAUUUUUUAGUUAGUCCUAGGGAGAAUUAUAUUUUUUUCUAUAUUUAGUACUUCUUCAAUUUCAUAAUAAGUAAUGACGUUCUUACUCUUUUCA